UCUAGAAGGGCUUAGGUCAAUCUGGAGUCUGAUUUCUCCCUCGUUCUCUCAAUGCCUUGUGCUGGGACACUGGCACGAUUGCAAAGGGUGUCCUGAGCUGAAUCAGGACUUGGAGCCACAGCCCUAGCUGUCAUUGUCACCACCGUUUCAGCUCUGGGUGCACUCAAGCCCCAUCCUUCCUUCCUUCCUUCUUCCUAGGGGCAGCUGUCUGGACCCUUGGUCAGGGCUGGUGAACUGUCUGCCAUCCCACAGUUCAGCCCUCCACCUGUGCCAUCGCAUGGAAGCUAGGAACCGGGCUCCCAGAAGACAGCUGUGCCUGCCUGGGAUCACUUGGCUGGUCCUGGCAUAUCUACUCAGCUGCCUGGUUGCCUCCAGCAAGGCCAAGGUCUUCAGUCGCUGUGAGCUGGCCAAAGAGCUGCAUGGCUUCGGUCUGGAAGGCUACCGGGGAUAUAACCUGGCUGACUGGGUCUGCCUUGCUUACUACACAAGUGGCUUCAACACAGAUGCUGUGGAUCAUGAAGCUGAUGGAAGCACCAACAAUGGCAUCUUCCAGAUCAGCAGCCGGAAGUGGUGCAAAACUCUCAGCCCAAAUGGCCCCAAUAUUUGCAGGAUCUACUGCACUGAUUUGUUGAACAAUGAUCUCAAAGAUUCUGUCAUCUGUGUCAUGAAGAUAGUUCAAGAGCCCCUGGGUCUGGGCUAUUGGGAAGCCUGGAGGCACCACUGCCAGGGCAGGGACCUCAGUGACUGGGUGGAUGGCUGUGACUUCUAGGACCCUCUCUGGAUGGAUCAAACCACACACAGCUAGCUGGGAAGUGUGGACUUGUUUCUGACCCAGGCUUGGGAAAACAAGCCAAGUAAUAAAAGUCUAAUUUAACAGAA